ACGACAAUUGUCAAAACAAAGAAUUCUGAAAUCGCGAUAUCGAUACAAUUAAUUUUGAUUUUCGUAUUAAUUUAUAGUUUCUGAUAAGUGGAAACAAUGGCAUCAGGUUUUGCCGGUAUACAGAUUAUAUUUAUAAUCAGUGGCGGAGUGUUGACUUUCUUAAUACUGUUCAUUUUUGCCAAAAGACAGAUUACAAGGUUCGCCCUUAGGUCUCGGAGAGGUCCUCACAUUCCUAUAGGAACUGAUGCUAAAAAGAGUUUAAAAAGAGAAAUAGAGCGACGCAUUGAAGCAGUCCCACGGAUAAUGCAUGAGCCACGUCUGAUAAGCACCGAGCCAUCUCAUUACAUUCUAGAACCGCAACAACCUUACCACUACCGGUUUAAAGCUGUGGAUGAUGUGAAAACCCUAGAGGAAGAAAUCGCCCACCAAGACCCGGGUCUCCGGCGUCACCCGCGGGAGUCCCUCCGCGCGUUCCUGCUAUCCUCAUUAGCGACCCCGCUGGAUGGUCGUGGACAGAAGCUGGUGCACCAGUUCUGUGAUACUUAUGAGUUCGCGCGCCACCACCCCGGCGAGUUCGGCGACGAUGAGUACCAGGCGUAUAGCCGGCUGCUUAUGAAGCUGCUAGACGCAGCUCGCCUCCUAAAGAGCGUAGGCGGGUGUCGCAACAUCUCCCCGCGCGGCAGCCCGCUGCGGCGCUCGCGGUUGCUGGACGCGGCACGGCUGCGGCCGGGGGGCAAGCUGCCCGGGGCGCUGCACAGGAACUACACCGCACUCGAGAACAUGCCAGUAGAACCAAAAAUGGAGGAGGAAAUCAUCCGAGUCCCAGUGCGAAGCCCUACGGAACCGGCAGCGAAGCCCCCGGCCGACGAGACCGCCGUGUGAGGCCGGCGCGCCCGCCACGUAGCACAGACUCUGUGAGCCUGGUGGUGGGUGUGGUAUUUGAAUGGUUGAGGAGUUGGUUGAAAAAAACAAGGUUUGUUUCUGUUCGAUGAAAAAGUGGCUUAAUUUUGAUAAACAAAAACAGCCGUAAAGGUAAACAUGUUAGAAUUCUAUGAUCUGUGCUAUAAGUAUGCACGAUCGUGAGGAUUUGCAAUCCAGAUAACUAUUGUAUUGACUAUAUUGUUGAAAAAUAGUGAAAAUAACAAAUUAAAAUCGACGACGGUUACUGAAAAGUGGCUGGCAUCAACUGACAGUUCAAUCAGUUAUCGGUUUCAAACGCCGAACUUCGAUUUCUUCGGCGGUACCGAGGAACUGACAAAUAAACGUGUGCGUCAAGCUAGCGGCCUCAAAAAAAAAAUGGGCACGAAAAAAUAAUUUGACCAUACCAAAAAAUAGUACUCUUAUUGAAAAAAAUAGUACCUGUUGUAAAAAAAUUAGUACCUUCACGGUUCUGGAUUUAUAGCCAUGUUUUAUUGCACUUGCUAGCUUGACGGUGAGCGAAAUUUGGCGAGAGUUAACGACAAGGUCUUUCGCUUUGAUUUAAACGCCAAAAAAUAGUACCGAAAUAGUACUUACCCCCUGCAAAAUACCGAAAUGAGUACUUCAACGGUUCCAAAGUUAUAAAGGCAGUUCUUUGCUCCCGCUGGCUUGACGUUUUGAAAAUACCUAUUAUCUAGGGAACGCUUGCAUACUUCAGUAUGUAACUAAUUUCAAUAAACUCGUAUGAAAUAGUACUUCCUACCAUCAUAAUUUUGAUCCGAUUCUCUUUCUAGAAAUAUGUUAAAAAAUCAUCAUAACCUAUGCCAUACAUUUGUUGUUGAUACAGUCACGUAGACAAUUACAUAACCUCACAAUUUAUUCGUAAGUAUUGCCAUCGCCAGUAUUGCCAUUUUGGAGGUCUACCCUACCAUUUCUUUGCACUUCAGAGUGUUGCUAUGACAAAAAAUUGCUAUUGCAUACACCCAUAUGCAAUAAUUUUAAUAGAAAAUGGCUGCAUAGGUCUAGUUCUUAUUGAAAACAAUCUGUGAUUUUAAUACAUCAUAAUACAUUUUUAAUCAGCUGUUUUAUUUUAUAAUUUAUACCUUCAUGUUCAAUUUGUUACGGAUCGAAGUGUUUGUUAAUAAACAAUUUGCAGUAUUUGUAGAAUAACUCAAAGAGUUUCAACAAUGAUAUUACUUUCAUCUGACAACCCUGGCACUUCACCAAUUUUUACCCAAAAA